AAUAUUUUGCCACGCGAAAUUUUCUGUGCGCUCAAAUACUUGGUUUCAUGGAUCGAAAAUGUACGUAUCAGAAUUGUUUAAAUUCGCAUAUCUCUACUGGCACAACUACAAACAGAGUGACAUUAUUCGUGAGCUUGGCAUAAGCAACAAAACCUCCGUGAAAUACGCAAAGUAUUGCAGAAAAGUCGCAAUAGAUUUAGCAACAAUUGACCCUGAAUCAGAAAAAAUUGGUGGCCCCGGAAAGGAGGUGGAAAUCGACGAGAGCGUCAUGGAGAAGCGGAAAUACAAAAGAGGAAGACUAGUAAAAGAAGUGUGGGUGUUCGGUGGUGUCGAGCGCGGCUCCAAUAAAUGUUUCCUUGUUAAGGUUCCCAAUCGCACUAGAUUGACACUUCUCGAUAUAGUGAAGAAAUACAUCCUCCCUGGAACGACCAUAAUUUCAGAUUGUUGGAGGGCGUAUGAUACUAUACCUGACCAUUGCGAUUACAAACACCAGAAAGUCAAUCAUUCGAAACACUUUAAGGACCCCGAGACUGGUGCCCAUACAAAUACUAUCGAAGGACUAUGGCAUUUGGUUAAGCUCUUUCUUCCUUCCACCAAUCGUAACCAGAAGUACUUGAUCGGGUAUUUGGCUUUAUACAUACUUCACCGGAAAUGGAAAAACGAAGAUGGGUUUUCCCUUUUUCUGAAAGAAGCCGCUAAACUAUCUGCUGGAUUUUACAGCCACAGCUUUCAGGAAGCAGCAGACGAAGAAAACGACUCAGAUACAUACUGUGUUGAUUCUGACUCGGAGAAAUCCGAAACAUGCGAUGAAACUUCAGAUUCGGAUAACCCGAUAAAUCUUGUUGGAACCUCCGAUUCUGAGAAGGAAGAAAACGAGUUUGAAAAUAGUUGUUUAGAACGCGAUAGGCCUAAUAAUGAGGAUUCAGAUUCCGAAAGCCAAGUCACAAAUAAAAGCUCUGAUGUAUCAAAAGGCGUUUACACUGAUUCCGAUUCUGAAAAAAGCGUCUAA